UAUAUAUAAUUGCUCAUCAAGCCACUCCCUAUCAUCAAAUAAUUAUAAGAUCUUCAUAUAUAUAUAUAUGGGAUCAACAAGAACAAGAUUAACUAUGAAGAUUCAUCCUUUCUUCUCACGUGGCAGCCUCUUGAACCAUGAUUCAAUUCACUCCUCCUCCUCCUCUUCUUCCUCUAAUCUCUCUCUUGGCUGCAAACGUUUACGUCCCCUCGCCCCCAAGAAGCUACAAGACAAUGACGAGUACGAAUAUGAUCCCCCACCCGACCUCAAAAGCUUCAUUAAACUCCCCGACAGCUCCCCCAGAAACACAGCUGCAAUAUCUGACCAUGUCCACAGAAUUAUUAGACAACCCUCUGCUCAGAUGGAGACGACGUCAUCCACGGUGGUUCAAGGAGCAGGGACGUCGACAUCGAGGUGGAAUCCGACACAAGAGCAAAUCGGGAUACUAGAAAUGCUUUAUAAAGGUGGAAUGCGAACACCAAAUGCGCAGCAAAUCGAACAGAUAACUGUUCAACUUGGAAAGUAUGGGAAGAUUGAAGGGAAGAAUGUCUUUUACUGGUUUCAAAAUCAUAAGGCUCGGGAAAGACAGAAACAGAAGCGAAACAGCUGCUUAACAGUACUCAGCCACAGCCCUCCCACUCCUUCUCCUCUUCCGUCCACUGUUAUUAAUAUUGCAAGGUUAGUUGAUCAUGAUCAUCUUGUAGAAAGAGAAUCAGAUAGUCCAUAUAAUAAGAUCAGAAAAUGCAGUUCCUGGCCAUUUGAUCAGGUUUUGGAGGAGGAAGAAGAUCAGAUGAAGAAUGAUCAUGGAGGAAAGACUACUUUGGAGCUUUUCCCAUUACACCCUGAAGGAAGAAGAUGCAUGAUGUCAUGAGUAUGUACGUACCUAAUUAAGCUGUCUUUUUUCAUUCUCAUAUCUUAAUUAUUAAUUAAUGUAGUAAAUCUUCUUCUCUAUCUCUCUAAGUAUUUUUCCAUUUGUGGUUCGGGAAAGAAGAAAGACAACAUGUAUCUUUGUCCACUCAUCCUUCUUAUAUUCCCUAAUUCACAACUUGUUUACAAUAAUAAUUAAUAUUAU